CCUUCCCGCUUUCCCCGGGAGAAACAUGGCCGGGAGCUCGGAGGAGGCGCCAGACUGCGGGCGAGGCGUCGUGAUUACAGACAGCUGGCCAGGGUACGACUUAGAUUUAUUCACGUACCCACAGCACUAUUACGGAGAUUUGGAAUAUGUGCUCAUACCCCAUGGCAUCAUUGUAGACAGAAUUGAGCGGCUGGCAAAGGAUAUAAUGAAAGACAUUGGAUACUGCAACAUUAUGGUCCUGUGUGUACUUAAAGGUGGUUACAAAUUCUGUGCUGAUCUUGUAGAACACCUUAAGAACAUCAGCCGAAAUUCAGAUCAGUUUGUCUCUAUGAAGGUUGAUUUCAUCAGACUAAAAAGUUACAAGAAUGAUCAAUCCAUGGGCGAGAUGCAGAUAAUUGGAGGCGAGGAUCUUUCAACAUUGGCUGGAAAGAAUGUCCUCAUUGUUGAGGAUGUUGUUGGAACUGGGAGGACCAUGAAAGCCCUGCUCACCAGCAUAAAGAAAUACAAGCCCAACAUGAUUAAGGUAGCCAGUUUGUUGGUAAAGAGAACACCUAGAAGUGAUGGCUUUAGACCUGACUAUGCUGGAUUUGAGAUUCCAAACUUAUUUGUGGUGGGAUAUGCCUUAGAUUACAAUGAAUACUUCAGAGAUCUGAAUCACAUCUGCGUGAUCAAUGAACACGGUAAAGAAAAAUAUCGAGUCUGAAGAAGCAAAUUCUUACCAUCGACUUCCCAGAUAACAUCAUUCUUACUACUAUACUACACUCAGGAAGCCAGCCUGUAAAAUCUGUCUCCCCGGGGGCGACUUCACGCAACAGGAUGUAAAAGAAAAAAAAAAACGUUUUAAGUGAAAGCUUUCUUUUCUGAGAUAUAAAGAGUACUAAAGGUUCUUAAGGAAAAGAAAGCAGUGCUUUUAUUUGACUUGUUCCAAAUUCAACACUCCACCUUAUGACUCAUAAGUUCUCUCCACCUUCACACUCCUGAGUUACACCUUCUUUUGUUUUGAUAAUCAUUAUGUUUGAUUACCAUUCCCAGGAAUACCCCCACUUAGUUACUCAUAUAUUUUUCACCUAACUUUUUUUAAUACCUUCAUUUUGUAAUAUUUUAUGCUAUUAACUGGGAAACCUUUUAAAGUAAGUCCUGAGCUGACAUACUAGGAAUGCAGCUAGAUUCCCAUGCUAAAAAAGGGAGGGAAAGGAUAACUUAGUAUAAAUUCCUGUUUGCGCCUCUCUGACAGGACAUCAUUAUCUGCUGUGACAAAGCCUUUCAGAAAAGCAGGGUACGAUGAAUCUUAAUGAUGUUAUGAAAUGAGCCUUUGCUUAGUGCUCUUGAUCGGAGCUUCCGGUAUGUGAUGACAGUGUGUCGUGUAUGCAUGGAUGUACUCAACUGUGUUUAAUACUCUGAAUUUUAAUUAGAAAA